AUGAACAGAUUGGCUCUUUGGACUUUCAGCCAGCCGGUAGUGAGAGUUGCUCUUCGAGGUGCAACAAGGCGCCGGUCUUGUCUAAGCAGCAGCGUCAGGUUCCAAUCGUCUCAUGUGGAUCUGAGCAAGUUGACCAGGGCAGAAAUCAAAUACCUACGUGAGCAAAAAAUCAAUCAGGAACGUAAGCAUCGCGGCCGUACCGUUGCUUUCUACUUUAGCAGCAUUGCUGUGGUUUUCCUUGGGCUGGCAUAUGCGGCAGUGCCACUUUACAGAGCCAUUUGCGCACGUACAGGCUAUGGUGGUAUCCCGAUUACGGACAAGAGGAAGUUUACAGAGGAUAAGCUGAUUCCUGUCAACACCGACAAGCGGAUUCGAGUGGCAUUCACGAGCGAAGUGUCGCAAAUAUUGCCGUGGAAAUUCACCCCCGAGCAACGUGAGGUGUACGUGCAGCCAGGCGAGACGGCUCUGGCGUUCUACAAAGCCAAGAACACGAGUGAUAAAGAUAUAAUCGGGAUGGCCACGUAUAGUAUCACGCCCGGUGAGGCAGCGCCGUUUUUCAAUAAGAUCCAGUGUUUCUGUUUUGAAGAGCAGAAGUUGUCGGCGGGCGAAGAGAUCGACAUGCCCGUGUUCUUCUUCAUCGACCCCGACUUUGCCAGCGAUCCAGCGAUGAGGAACAUCGACGAUAUCAUACUGCAUUACACCUUCUUCAGAGCGCACUACGCGGACGGAUCCGCCGUGUCCGACGGCGCCAAAGUGAGCGACGCGGCGGAGAUCAACGGCCAGCUGCUGUCUCCGACGGCUGUGGUCGAUGGCGCCUAA